GACCCAAAAGAAGGGUGCAUUCAAUAGAAAAUCCCUUAUAUAUCAGAAUCUACUAACAAGGAUAUAGUGGUUGAACUGACUCUUAAAAAAUUAUAAUCUACCAAUCUAUUUAUUUUGACUGAUUUUACUGAAUAAGUUCACUCACCAGCUUUAUAAGAAGCUGAUUGUUUUUUCUUAUGCAAUUAUUUGAGAUACAUAGUUUUUCAAAUUAAAUAUCUAAUGUAUUGGGUAGCUGUGUUCUUCUUAGGUUUCCAAAGUGGAAGGCAUGAUAGAUUUCCAUGCUUUGGAGAAAGAGCUGGAAGAAGCUAUUGCCUCAGAUGAGAAAUACCAGAGAGAAAAUGAGGCUAAAUUCCGAGCGGUGCAUCAGAAAGUAUCAUCUUAUGAAGAAUUCAGAGAUAUUGUUCUAGCCUCCCAUUUGAAACCUCUGGAGCAAAAGGAUAAAAUGGGAAGUGGCAGGAAUGUGUUGUGGAACUCUUGUGCAGUUAAAGCAAAUCAUAAACAAGAGAGUAAGAUAGACUUGCCUCAGGAAUUGGAACGCCUGCCUGAAACUUCUGCAGAGUUCUACAGAGAUUGGCGCAGAUGUAUGAAAAAUAAUCAAGAUCGCUAUCUCCUCCUCCUCCAACUUGGAUCCCAAAACUUGGGCCGCAUCUUCCAAAUAGAUCUUGCUUUUGGCCUCUUGGGUGAAUUUCUAGUGGUGCUGAACCAAAAUGCUUGCAUCAAAGACUGCAAUUUUAUCUUGGAUAUCUUGGAGAAUUUAUCAGGCACGAAACGUUUUGGACUAAACAUUGAACUUCUGAGUGAGAUAGAGAAAGAAAACUGCAGGCAGUUAUUUGAAAAAUUGCAAAAAAUAGAAAUUGGCCUUGACAAUUUUUCUGAAAUUCAACAGAUUUCAAAUGAAGAUGGUACAGACACUACUCAAAUCCAUUGUCAAGCAGGUAAAGAAACUAAAAAAAAAAUGCUAAAACUGAUGAACCUUUACCAAACGUCCUCAAUCAAUUCUUGAGUUUAUACUAGUGCUCGCCUCUUGCUUUUUGUCUCUAUUGCAAUAAAAUGUUAUAUC